UAGGAUAACUCCAGUAAACUUCCGGUAAAUAUUUUCAUCAUGCCUUUAGUAGUUUUGUGUGGUUUUCCAUCGAGUGGCAAGACUAAGCGAGCAAACGAACUAAAGAAGCACAUAGAAGCAAAUUAUACGAACAGGAAAAUUCAUGUUGUAAGCGACCAUAACAAUGACGUUGAGAGAAAUGCUGUUUACGCAGAUUCCAGACGAGAGAAGGAAGUACGGGGCUCGCUGAAGUCAACAGCUCAGAGGUUACUGAACAAAGAAGAUGUAGUCAUUCUUGACUCCUUGAAUUACAUAAAAGGUUUCCGCUAUGAGUUGUUCUGUGUAACAAAGGCCUGCCACACACCCCAUUGUGUUAUAUUCUGUGAUAUCAGUUCGGAUCGUGCGUCAGAGUUCAAUCUGCAGAGGAAUGAGCCAGACAGAUACACCCAGGAAAUCUUUGAUGGGCUGGUGAUGAGGUUUGAGUCCCCCAACCCUAGUACGAGAUGGGACACUCCUCUGUUUGUUGUCCAGGUGGACGAUGACCUCCCAGGUGAACAGAUCUGCCAGGCGCUGUUUGACCGGAAGCCGCCACCUCCAAAUCAGUCAACACAGUCGCAACCUCUCUCCUCCACCAACUUCCUGUACGAGAUGGACCGCAUCACCCAGGAGACACUUACUGCGGUAAUGGAAGCACAGAAGAUGGGUCUGCCUGGAGACAAGAUUACCAUUCCUGGAGCAACAGAGAAAAUGGAGCUAACAAGAACGAUAACUCUGUCCGAGUUACAUCGGCAGCGUCGUCAGUUCAUCACGUACACCAAGAUGCACCCAGUCGAGGAUACCGCGCGACUUGCGAACAUGUUCGUCCAAUACCUCAACAACAGUCUGAGGUGACCCCAGCUGUCUUCAUUAACAUCCUGCUUUCUGAAUUUUUAUUUGUAAAUAUAAUUUGUAAAUAAAAUUUAUUUUAGAAAAUUAAAA